GGAAGGAAGGAGCGAGGCAGCUGUUUAGCUCCGUGACGCAUACGACAAUCGUUUAAUAAAGUCCUUAUUUAGGCGUAACUAUCGUCUAAUAUACGUAUAUUUAUAAGCUAAUGAAGUCUCGGACUUUUUUGCAAGCGUGAAUUGCGCUUAUUUUACAUAAUUGCGCUUAUUAUUUUAUUACAGCGCACAACGUAAACAAUCCGGUGUCAAACCUUAAAGCCAGUGUUUCAAAUACAGCGGAGAAGAUAGGAGUGUGUUUUUUUUCGUCAACAUGAGAGGGGGGUCGUUCUAUGGAGACAGGGACCGUGGACGAGACAGGCCACGGUUUGGGGCCACGAGUGGCCGCAGCGGACCCGCCCCGAUGAAGUUUGGGAAUCCAGGUGAGCGUCUCCGAAAGAAGAGGUGGAACCUGGACGAGCUGCCAAAAUUUGAGAAGAAUUUCUAUGCUGAACACCCUGAGGUCCAACGCAUCAGUCAGUAUGAAAUGGACGAGUGUCGCGGGAAGAAGGAGAUCACCAUCAGAGGCUCUGGCUGUCCAAAAGCGAUCAGCGCUUUUCACCACGCGCAGUUUCCUCAAUAUGUGAUGGAUGUGCUGAUGCAGCAGAACUUUAAGGAACCCACAGCCAUUCAGUCUCAGGGCUUCCCUGUGGCCCUGAGCGGCAGGGACAUGGUGGGGAUUGCACAGACUGGCUCUGGAAAGACACUGGCUUAUCUUCUUCCUGCUAUUGUGCACAUCAACCAUCAGCCCUAUCUGGAGAGGGGAGAUGGUCCGAUUUGUCUGAUACUGGCCCCAACCAGAGAGUUGGCUCAGCAGGUUCAACAGGUUGCAUAUGACUAUGGCAAGUCUUCCCGUAUCAAAAGCACCUGUGUCUACGGUGGAGCACCCAAAGGACCACAGAUUCGCGAUCUUGAGAGGGGUGUCGAGAUCUGCAUCGCCACACCUGGUCGUCUUAUUGACUUCUUGGAGGUGGGGAAGACAAACCUGCGUCGCUGCACCUACCUAGUACUGGAUGAGGCUGACCGCAUGCUGGACAUGGGCUUUGAGCCACAAAUUCGCAAGAUAGUUGAGCAAAUUAGGCCCGACAGACAGACGCUGAUGUGGAGUGCAACCUGGCCAAAGGAGGUUCGGCAGCUUGCUGAGGACUUCCUGCGGGACUAUGUCCAGAUCAAUAUUGGCGCUCUGGAACUCAGUGCCAACCACAACAUCCUGCAAAUAGUCGAUGUCUGCAUGGAGACCGAAAAGGACCACAAACUUAUUCAGCUGAUGGAGGAAAUUAUGGCUGAAAAGGAAAACAAAACCAUCAUCUUUGUGGAGACCAAGAAGCGUUGUGAUGAUCUUACCAGGAGAAUGAGGCGGGACGGGUGGCCAGCCAUGUGUAUCCAUGGAGACAAGAGCCAGCCAGAAAGAGACUGGGUACUCACAGAGUUUCGGAGUGGCAAAGCUCCUAUACUGAUUGCUACUGAUGUUGCCUCUCGUGGUCUUGACGUGGAAGACGUCAAGUUCGUCAUCAACUAUGACUAUCCCAGCUCCUCUGAGGAUUAUGUCCACCGUAUUGGACGUACGGCCCGCAGUACCAACAAAGGCACUGCCUACACCUUCUUCACCCCAGGGAACCUGCGGCAGGCCCGAGACCUUGUCCGGGUGUUGGAGGAGGCCCGGCAGGCCAUCAACCCAAAACUCCUUCAGCUUGUGGACUCUGGCCGCGGUGGAGGCGGAGGUGGCAGAAUGCGUUACCGUGGCAGCACCUCCAACAACCCUAACUUAAUGUACCAGGACGAGUGUGAUCGCCGCAUGCGCUCUGGUGGGGGCGGUGGCGGCAGCAAAGACAGCCGUAGUGGCUUCAGCCGUGACAACCGCAGCAACCGCGAUGGAGACCGCUCCUCCUCCUCUUCCUCCUACAGGGGCAGAAGUCGGGAUCACAGGAACAGCUACAACUCGGGCUCAGAUCAGUACCAGAGUUACAGCGGCGGCGGGGGCUACAACUCCCGCAGCGGCGUCCAGUCUGGUGGCGGUGGAGGUCAGGAUCAGUCUACCCAGCCGCAGGGUCAGUUUGGCCAUCCGCCCCCUCUUCCACCAUCAGGCGGGCCGCAGCCCCUCAUGGCCCAGCAGUUUGUUCCACCACAGCCCCCGCUAAUGGGCUUUAUGGGACAACCGCCAUACCCUUUUGCUUCUCCGCCCCCUCCUCCACCAGGCCCUGCACCUCCCCGCAAGUAGAAUUAUGAGGAAGAGGCCAUUUGUGCAACUUGGUGUGCUCAGAGUGUAACUUUUUUUUUUAUUCUCCAACUCUUAACUCCAAGAGGUGGGGGUUUGACAGGCUUGAACCUAAGGAGGUAAGGGCUUGUAUUUUCUAUUUGUUUUGUACUUUUUAAUAAACCCCACGUUUGCAGUCACUAUUAGUUUUUUCAGUGUAAUGGACUGUUGCACUAGAUUUAGAUACAUUUGUCAUGCAUGCCUUUACUUUUUCAUGUAGCAAGUCAAAAUGGAAGUGUCUAUUUACUUGUAACUGUUUAAACUCACAAUAAUAAGCAGAUCAGCUGAUGCGGACUUAUUUUCAUGCUGCUUGGUGACUAAAUUGCAAUUUGCUGGUUGUUUCCCCUUUUACUCUUUGUGCUCUUUUUACAGUAUUUUCUUAAAUAAAUGAAUCAAAGCUUUAUUCUCUACUUGGCAAA